AUGUUCUCCCGAACAACGCUCGCAAGAGCCUUCGCCCUACCCUGGGAGCAGCAGCACAACCCACUCCUGCGCCCCAGCUUCCGCGCCUGCCUUCACCAAGCCACGAACACAAGCAGCAGCAGCAGCAGCACAUUACGCCCCGAGAGCCCACUCGGCGCAACACCACGGGCCCAAUCGUCCACGCCCACCGCACAAACUCAAUCCCAACCCUCACAGGAUCAAGCAUCAGCACCCCUGCGCCUCACCAAAUCCCUCCUCGAGAAACUCCCCCACCUCACCUCCCAAAAACCGCACUACAUCACCGCGCACCUCCACGCGAAACCCUACCUCCUGACCGCAGGCGACCACCUCCGCCUGCCGUUCCUCAUGCGGGACGUGAAACCGGGCGAUAUCCUCCGCUUCAACCGGGCCUCUGUGCUCGGUUCGCGCGACUUCACGCUCAAGGGGGCGCCGUAUAUCGAUGAGCGGCUGUUUGAGUGCCGGGUAAGGGUUAUGGGCGUGGAUGCGGAGCCGUUGCGGGUGAAGGAGAAGACGAAGCGGAGACAGCGGCAUGUGCGGAAGGUCAAGAGCAAGCACAAGUACACGCUUUUGCGGGUGAUGGAUGUCAAGGUCAAGACGACGGAGGAGCUGCUUGAAGAAGGGGCGGUGGUUGUCGAGGGGGAGGAUGUGCCGAAGAUGGAGGCUAAUGCUUAA